CUGUUCAUCUUUGACGGCCUGGAUGAAAGCAGACUUUCACUGGAUUUCAAGAACAAGAAGGUUGUGUCUGAUGUCACCCAGAAGUCAUCAGUCAAUGUGCUGUUGACAAACCUCAUCCAGGGGAAUCUGCUUCCCUCAGCUCUCGUCUGGAUAACUUCCCGACCUGCAGCAGCCUAUCAGAUCCCUCCUGCAUGUGUUGACAGGGUAACAGAAGUACGAGGCUUCACUGACGCCCAGAAGGAGGAGUACUUCAGGAGGAGAGUCAGUGAUGAAGAGCUGUCCAGCAGAAUCAUCUCACACAUCAAGACAUCCAGGAGCCUCCACAUCAUGUGUCUAAUCCCAGUCUUCUGCUGGAUCACUGCUACAGUUCUGGACCACAUGUUGACUACAGACCAGAGAGGAGAGCUGCCCAAGACCCUGACUGACAUGUACUCACACUUCCUGUUGGUUCAGACAAAGAGGAAGAAGCAGAAGUAUGGUGAGGGACAUGAGACGAGUCCACAGGAGCUGAUGGAGGCUGACAGGGAAGUUCUUCUGAAGCUGGGGAGGCUGGCGUUUGAACAACUGGAGAAAGGAAACAUCAUGUUCUACCAAGAAGACCUGGAGCAGUGUGGUCUGGAUGUCACAGAGGCCUCGGUGUACUCAGGAGUUUGUACAGAGAUCUUCAAAAGAGAGUGUGUGAUCUUCCAGAAAACAGUCUACUGCUUUGUUCACCUGAGCAUUCAGGAGUUUCUGGCUGCAGUCUACAUGUUCCACUGUUAUACAAACAGCAACACAGAGGUACUGGAGGACUUCCUGGGAGAAGACUAUGAUCAUUCAACCCUGGAUGUCUUCCUGAAGAGAGCCAUGGAGAAAUCCCUUGCAAGUAAAAAUGGCCACCUGGACCUGUUUGUUCGCUUCCUUCAUGGCCUCUCUCUGGAGUCCAACCAGAAGCUCUCAGGAGGUCUGCUGGGUCAGACAGACAACAGUCCAGAAAUCAUCCAGGGAAUCAUCAACAACCUGAAGGAGAUGAACAGAGUUAAAACCUCUCCUGACAGAAGCAUCAACAUCUUCCACUGUCUGACGGAGAUGAACGACCACUCGGUACAUCAGGAGAUCCAAGAGUUCCUGAAGUCAGAGAACAGAUCAAAGGAUUAUCUCUCAGAGAUCCACUGCUCAGCUCUGGCCUACAUGCUGCAGAUGUCAGAAGAGGUUCUGGAUGAGUUGGACCUGCACAAGUACAACACAACAUACGAGGGACGACAGAGACUGAUUCCAGCUCUGAGGAACUGCAGAAAAGCUGAACUUUCUGACUGUAAACUCUCAGAUACUCACUGGGAAGUUGUGGCCUCAGCUCUGAAGUCCAACCCCUCCCAUCUGAGAGAGCUGGAUCUGAGAGGAAACAAGCCGGAGGAUUCAGGAGUGAAGCUGCUUUCUGCUGGACUGGAGAGUCCAAACUGUAGACUGGAGACUCUGAGAUGGAGGCUGUGAUCUCCGUCACAGUGAGUGAUCAGAAAAGUGGAUGUGUUGAGAGGAUCAGCCGUGUCCUGAUGAUCCACAGAGGUUCACCACCUGGACCUGCAUCUGAUUUUGUCUUUUUUUAUUCUUUCAUAUAUUCUGAACCCAAAGUGCCUCUGCAGAAUAGUUCAGUUCAUGACAACAUAACUGUAGAUGAACACAUUUAAAUAGAUCUCUCUGCUCUGCUUUGUGUCGCAGCUCCACCCUGUGGAACGAUGGAGUUUUGCUGUUUACUUCCACAUAUUUCUAAAUAAGUUAAUAAAGUUACCCUAUUAAAACCGAGCCCUCAGGAAGAGCGUCUGCAUAUGACAUGAUAACUGA